UGAUUGAAAUGAACACAUAGGGAAUUUUUUAUUUCGGAGCAUCUCGUUCCUCAUCCCGCUGGCCAUUGACUGUAUUUGAGUCAAUUUAUCGACUGGAAAAAAAAAAAAAAAACAAGGACGGCUCUGACGCUGUUACUUUCUCAAUAUUAUUUAUUAAACAAUUGUUGAAAAUAAUAACAAAGUUAACUGUCAAGCUGACAUAUUUAAAAGUGAAAGCAAAAAAUAAGUUUCCGGAGUAAUUAAAAGAUUAUUUUACUGCUAAAUUAACUAGUGGGCUGAUGAAUGAAUCCAUUAUUCAAAAGACCUGGUUUUUGUUUUGGAUCUGAACGUGGUGCCGUAAAAAAAUGAAAAUGAAGAGAAGCAAAUCAUUAUCUCCAGAACCAUCAAGCAGUCGUGACGCUAAAAUUCCUCGGCUGUCAAACGAAUCGGCGUUUGAUGAAUUUCAGGGUGAUUACAAAACAAAGCUAUUGGAUUUUUCUGAUGAUGUAUUGCUUAAUAUAUUUAAAUAUGUAUCGCCGCAAGAUCUUUUUGCUUUGAGCUCGUGCUGCCAUCGACUGAACCAAGUUUGCCGGGAUCGUACCCUCUGGAAGGUUGUAAAUUUUAAAUCUCGUCAAUUGAAAAAGAAUGAGUUAAUCAAAAUACUCGGAUUUUUAAAACCAAAUACUGAGAGUAUUAUUAUUAACGGACGAGUUGAAUUUACGAUUAAUAAGGAUAAGUACAGAGACGACCAUGAGAGUGACAAAUAUCAAGGAAUCUCCAAUGGUGAGUGUAAGGCGGCGAGUACAUCAAACGGGUACAUAAGAGACGUGGGAACUUCUAGUGGCUCGAAAGAUCAAGCAUCCUGUAGUAACAUUAAAGAGAGAAUAGUUAUUUUAGAAGAGCUCAAGAACAAUUUCCUGACUAAAAUUGGAGAAAUUUGCACAAGUUUGAAGGAACUUGUUAUUGAAGAGUUUACUAUUGUUAACAAUGACAUAAAAAUUACAGAUUUUCCAUCGACACUCGAGAAAUUAUCAUUAAAAGGAUGCAAGGUCUGCAAUGUAAAUCCUCAACAGUCUUAUUUCUCAAAAUUGCACCAGCAUAUGCCCAACUUAACAACCCUAAUAGUGACAGACUGUCAGUGGUUGAGAAGCCACUCAUUGAUGGUAAUAAGUAAGAUACCCAAACUAAAGGAACUGAGGAUAAGCUCGUGUAAGUACGUGGGCGAUUGUGUGGCUUACAUGAGUCUCGCGACACGCUUUGGGUUCAAGUCACUGGGGAUAUUAGACCUGUGUCACACGAACGUGGGGGACUCUGAAGUCAGCUGCUUCUUCCAGUAUACCACGACCUUGACUGAACUUUAUCUAGACUACUCGCCGAUUGACUUGAAGCCAAAAAGCGACAUUCACAGCUUUAUUGCACUUAAUCCACCGGUUUAUGAAGACAAUCAUGUAGCGCAGUAUGUUAUCGACGGCAAUCAGUUUGAUAUGGAUGAUAUGUCACCUUGUGGUAUUACUGAUCGUUGUAUAUGCUCUAUUGGGUCUUAUCAGAGUCCGCAACUCCCUCAAGAUACUCCACGUGAUAUGCCGGACAUGGUCAUUAUAGAGCCACGACCUCGUAUUUGCAGUAAUCCUAUUCUUCAGACUCUUGUUGUCAGAAACUAUCCAAAAGUAACAGACGCAAGUUUGAAACACCUUGCAGAGCACAUACACAAUUUAAAAUAUGUAGAUCUGACUGGUACAUCGAUAACGAGACAAGGAGUUGAAAAUUUCAAAUGUCUAAGGCCCAAUGUCAAGUUGAUUUCAUCGAUAUCUGAUGAAUAAUAACUAACCCAAUGGGAAUAAUGAUUAUUUAUAUAUCAAUGUAAAUGUUUGAGUGCCGUGCGGUAUUUUAAUGCGUUUACAUUCGUGCAAUCUAGUUAUUAUUUCUCAUAAACACUCUAUGAGUUUUAGUAAAUUAUUAUUAUUUUAUACAGAAGUUUGUUAGUUGGAAUUAAGACUGUUUUUUUAUUUCAUCACAAUAAAGUUUUUUUUUUUUUUUUUUUUAUGAAGCUUCAGUACACUUAUCGUUAAUAAUAAAAGUAAAUCAAACGUGGAUAUUUAUGAAAUAUUUGUAAAUUAAUUUUUACAUGAAUUGUAGAUAAGACGCAAUGGAAUAUAAUACACUAACAGCUUAUUUCUUUAUAUUAAAAAAAUAAUGCUAAGUAAUCA